UUUUCCCCCCACCGUUCCCCCCCUUGCGUGAUUAUUUCACGCCCCGGCUGCUCUCAGACCAGCUGCACCAGACGGCUCUGUGUCUGCCUCUCCAGCUGCGUGGCUCCAGUCCCGCAGACUGGGUCGGCCAUGUUGUUGUGUGGGGGUUGAUGGAAGUUUGGUAGUAGGAAGUGGAGAGGAGGCUCCAUCUCUCCGGGAUACUCCAGGAUCCCACUUUUCCUCCUUCCUCUUUGUUUUCCCAUCAGCGGGCAUGCCUCUGGAGGAUUUUCCUCUCCGCGAUUUCGCCACACGCAGGGGAAAAUGACAGCUCCACGCAGCGCUUCCAUCAGCCUUCAGGACUGCAACACUUGAUUUAACUUAAAAAAAAAAAAAAAAAAAACGCAUGCAUGGAGUAAGGAUGAAGGCGGAUCGGUCCCGGCUGGAAUAACUCGGAUUUACUUUGUCCCGCACUGAUUCAAGGGGGAAGUGGGGGAAAAAAAUAUUGGGGGGGAAAUCCCACUGAUAAGGCCGAGACGAUGGGCUGUGUGAAGAGCAAAGAAGACAAAGGCCCAACCAUGAAGUAUCAGAGCGAGAAUUCCUCAAGGUCCGACCCGAACACCUCCACCGCUGUGCCUCACGCCGGUCACUACGGGCCGGAACCGACGCAGACGCAGCAGAAUCAGGCUCCUGCAUCCUCCUCCAGCUCUGCAGCUCUGAAUUUCAACCACGCCCUCACGCCAUUCGGAGGCUCCUCCUCUGCCAUGACUCCCUUCGGAGGAGCGUCGACCUCCUUCACUGGUCCCAUGUCCAACUCCUUCUCUGGUGCCGUCUCGAGCGGUGUCACCUUCUUUGUUGCCUUGUAUGACUACGAAGCCAGAACAUCAGACGAUCUCACGUUUAAAAAGGGGGAUCGCUUUCAGAUCAUCAACAACACCGAAGGAGACUGGUGGGAGGCGCGCUCCAUCAACACCGGGAAGAAAGGCUACAUCCCCAGCAAUUAUGUGGCCCCCGCCGACUCCAUUCAGGCUGAAGAGUGGUACUUUGGCAAAAUGGGACGCAAGGAUGCUGAGAGGUUGCUGCUCAACCCUGGGAAUAAUCGAGGGACUUUCCUGGUGCGGGAAAGUGAAACUACUAAAGGUGCUUACUCUCUCUCCAUACGGGACUGGGAUGAAGCCAAAGGAGACAAUGUGAAGCACUACAAGAUCCGCAAGCUGGACAGCGGGGGAUACUACAUCACCACGCGAGCCCAGUUUGACACGCUGCAGAAGCUCGUCAAACACUACACAGAGCACGCAGACGGACUCUGCCACAAGCUGACCACGGUCUGCCUCACGGUCAAGCCUCAGACCCAGGGGCUCGCCAAAGACGCCUGGGAGAUCCCGAGGGACUCGCUGCAGCUGGAGGUCAAACUGGGCCAGGGAUGCUUCGGAGAGGUCUGGAUGGGCACGUGGAACGGCACCACCAAAGUGGCCAUAAAGACGCUGAAGCCGGGAACCAUGUCGCCCGAGGCCUUCCUGCAGGAAGCUCAGAUCAUGAAGAAACUCAGACAUGACAAACUAGUGCCUCUUUACGCUGUCGUGUCUGAGGAACCCAUCUAUAUUGUCACAGAGUACAUGUCCAAAGGAAGCUUGCUUGACUUCGUCAAAGAGGGUGAUGGCAAAUUCCUAACCCUCAUCACGCUGGUGGACAUGGCUGCAAAGAUUGCAGACGGCAUGGCUUUCAUCGAGCGGAUGAACUACAUCCACAGAGAUCUGCGAGCUGCGAACAUACUCGUGGGCGAGAACCUGGCGUGCAAGAUUGCCGACUUCGGCCUGGCCAGGUUGAUAGAAGACAACGAGUACACGGCGAGGCAAGGAGCCAAAUUCCCCAUCAAGUGGACGGCCCCUGAAGCCGCUCUGUACGGUCGCUUCACCAUCAAGUCAGACGUCUGGUCCUUUGGGAUCCUCCUCACCGAGCUAGUUACCAAAGGCAGGGUGCCCUAUCCAGGUAUGGUGAACCGAGAGGUGCUGGAGCAGGUGGAGCGAGGAUACCGCAUGCCCUGCCCGCCUGCGUGCCCUGAGUCUCUGCACGAGAUGAUGAUGCUCUGCUGGAAGAAGGAGCCAGACGAGAGGCCCACCUUCGAGUACCUGCAGUGCUUCUUGGAGGACUAUUUCACCUCCACAGAACCCCAGUACCAGCCUGGAGAAAACCUAUAGCCAUAGCGGGAGGGGGCUUUGGCUUAGACGGUCGCAUACAACACUAUUUACUCUGCGUCUCACGUUUCGUUUUGGGUGUCCUUCCAUUGUCCAUUCAGAUCCUUGUUCUUAUGUGAUUUUUUUUUUCAUGUUCUCACAUAUGGUACUACAACAGUUUUUUUUUAACCUCUUUAUGUAGAUUUUUAAUCAACAUGUAUAGAAUUAUCGUGGUCAUGGGCAUACGCAUUCAUGUUUAAAAACCAGGCGUUCCACAGUGUAAUGUUUCUGUGAAAUAAGCUGUGAUUAAACAUCAACAAAGAGGAAAA